GCGCCACCCGUUCGAUUUCUUCCUGGGAAAGCGCCGCACCUCAAAUCUGCAAGAUACCUUAUUUGGAAGCUAAAUCUAUCUUCUUAAUCCAUUUCCACGUGAUUUGGAUCAAUUUGCCUGCAUCUUCGUCGACAAAGAUGGAAGUGCAUUGAUCGUUUUGCGCCGGAAAAGAUUGAAUCUUUGCCGACGUUUUGAGUCGGCAAGUUGCAAUCUCUAGCUUCCGUUAGGCGUCUCUGAUAUCGGAUUUUAGGGUUUUCAGCAAUCCGUCAAAAUUCCGCCGCGAAGGCGAUCGGCGUGCUCCCCUUUCCUCCACCCUCUGAUCUCCCGGAGAAGCGGAGAUGAGCUGGUGCACCCCCGGCAUCUGUGGACCAGGGUCCGCACGCUGAGCCUGCUGAUGGUGCGGUUCCUCAAACGGGGGCACGGCGCCGGGAAGCCCUACGAUGAGGAGCGCGACGAGGGGUGCGGCGCUGCCGUGCGCCAGGCGGAAAGUCCGAUACUGGAGGACGCGAGCUGGGAUGUCCCGGCUUUCGACGACUACGACGACGACGACUACGGCGUCCUCUUCCAGGACCAAGGGGAGCCCGCCGCCGGCCGCCCCCGCAAGGCGCCGCUUAUCGGAGAUGAAACGCCUUCGGAAAUCGAACUGUUUAAGGACAGGUACGCAAAGCUGCUGCUUGGCGAAGACAUGUCCGGUUGCGGCAAAGGAGUUCCAUCGUCUCUUGCACUGUCCAACGCCAUCACCAACCUCGCCGCAUCUAUUUUCGGCGAACACUCGCGGUUAGAGCCGAUGUCUGCUGAAAGGAAAGCGAGGUGGAGGAGGGAGAUGGACUGGCUUCUAUCUGUUACUGAUCACAUUGUUGAGUUUGUUCCUUCCAGGCAGACAUCAGAGGAUGGAGCUACCAUAGAGAUUAUGAUAACUCAGCAACGCGGAGAUCUUCAAAUGAACAUCCCCGCGCUUCGCAAGCUAGAUGCGAUGCUCAUUGGCUCCCUUGACGACUUCGAGGACCAGACCAUGUUUUCGUAUGUCUCAAGAGAUGCUGAUGAAUCGGAGAAGGGAAAUGCUCGAAGGGACGGCGAUAAAUGGUGGCUUCCUACAGUGAGAGUCCCUCUCGGUGGAUUCUCAGAGUCAUCCAGGAGAUGGAUUCAGUUACGGAAGGAUUCAGCUACACAGCAAUCCGUCAAAAUUCCGCCGCGGAGGCGAUCGGCGUGCUCCCCUCUCCUCCACCCUCUGAUCUCCCGGAGAAGCGGAGAUGAGCUGGUGCACCCCCGUCAUCUGUGGACCAGGGUCCGCACGCUGAGCCUGCUGAUGGUGCGGUUCCUCAAACGGGGGCACGGCUGCGGGAAGCCCUACGAUGAGGAGUGCGACGAGGGGUGCGGCGCCGCCGUGCGCCAGGCGGAAAGUCCGAUACUGGAGGACGUGAGCUGGGAUGUCUCGGCUUUCGACGACUACGACGACGACGACUACGACGUCCUCUUCCAGGACCAAGGGGAGCCCGCCGCCGGCCGCCCCAGCAAGGCGCCGCUUAUCGGAGAUGAAACGCCUUCUGAAAUCGAACUGUUUAAGGACAGGUACGCAAAGCUGCUGCUUGGCGAAGACAUGUCCGGUUGCGGCAAAGGAGUUCCAUCGUCUCUUGCUCUGUCCAAAGCCAUCACCAACCUCGCCGAGCCGAUGUCUGCUGAAAGGAAAGCGAGGUGGAGGAGGGAGAUGGACUGGCUUCUAUCUGUUACUGAUCACAUUGUUGAGUUUGUUCCUGCCAGGCAGACAUCAGAGGAUGGAGCUACCAUAGAGAUUAUGAUAACUCAGCAACGCGGAGAUCUUCAAAUGAACAUCCCCGUGCUUCGCAAGCUAGAUGCGAUGCUCAUUGGCUCCCUUGACGACUUCGAGGACCAGACCAUGUUUUCAUAUGUCUCAAGAGAUGCUGAUGAAUCGGAGAAGGGAAAUGCUCGAAGGGACGACGAUAAAUGGUGGCUUCCUACAGUGAGAGUCCCUCUCGGUGGACUCUCAGAGUCAUCGAGGAGAUGGAUUCAGUUACGGAAGGAUUCAGCUACACAGGUACACAAGGCAGCCAUGGCAAUCAAUGCUCAAGUUCUCAUGGAGAUGGAGGUGCCUGAAGCCUAUGUCGAAUCUCUUCCUAAGAAUGGGAGGGAAAGCCUAGGAGAUACGAUCUACCAAAGCAUCAUAGACGAUGUCUUCGACCCAGAAGAAUUCCUCGGAAGGAUGGACUUGUCGACGGAGCACAAGAUUCUCGACCUGAAAAACAGAAUCGAGGCCUCGGUUGUGAUAUGGAAGAGGAAAAUGCAGGACAAAGAAAGCAAGCCCUCGUGGGCUUCAGCAGUCAGUUUGGAGAAGAGGGAGCUGUUCGAAGAGAGAGCUGAGAUAAUCUUGAUUCUCAUCAAGCAAAGGUUUCCCGGCAUCCCUCAAUCGGCACUCGAUAUAAGCAAGAUCCAAUACAACAAAAUGUAGGACUAUCGAUCCAAGAGAGCUACUCGAGGAUCUUGGAAAGCUUAGCUCUCAUGUUGAUUUCAAGAAUCGACGAUAUUCUUUACGCGGAUUCUAUCGCUAGGGGUCCAACCACCAAAUGUCAAAAGGGAAGACGAUCCCCGCCUAACGUGGAGGCAAAGACGGGACAUGCGAAGAUGCCCCCCGAAGUGAAGGUCGGCAAGAAGUUUUCUUACACGGAGCACGUAGGAGUCGCUAGAAGUCCUACCGCUCGCCAUUGAGGGGGUACAAGAACCUCUUGAUUGUGUUCAUGGUAGAUAGAGCCUUUGUAGGUCUUACGAUUUCAUUUACUCUUCCAUGCUUGUCGGCCCACUACUGAACUGUGAUGCAUCAUUCAAUCCAUUGCAUCGAAUGUUUUGAUUU